CCGGAACCGAGGACCACUUAUUACAUCAUCAUUGUUAUUGUCAUCUGGACGCCAACCUGAGGAGCAUCCGAGAAGAAAGACUGAAAAGGACAGACGGCCCCCUCGGCCUCGGCCCCGCCCCCCCGCGGCCCCAGUGAUGCUCUGUCGCUGCGUCCCAUUGGCCCGCCUUGGCAGUUAGAGGAGCGCUCGUCACCAUGACAACGUCCUGGCGGGACUCCACCCCCUCCGUGGCCGGCCUCCUCCUGCUCCUCCUCUUCCUCCUGCUGCCGACGCCGGCCGUCACUCAGGCCAACUGGACGGCGUCGCUUUUCCAGCCGCUGACGCAGCCCGAGUGCGCCAGGAAGGAACAUCCCAAAGUGUCCAUACAAGCGCUCAGUCCGUGGAUCUCCACCUUCUCACCAGCCGGCAUUCGGGACUUUUCCCAGCUGACCCUUGACCUCACGAGGAACGAGCUGAUUGUGGGCGCCAGAAACUACCUGUUCAGACUGGACCUCAGCAACAUGUCACUGGUGCAGGCGACGCAGUGGGCACCUGACGACGAGACCAGGAGGUCCUGUCAAAGCAAAGGCAAGACUGAGAUUGAAUGUCAGAACUACAUCCGAGUCCUGCUGGUCAACAAGACCGAGAUCAUGACCUGCGGGACCAACGCCUUCCAGCCGCUCUGCACCACCAGAGAGGUGGGCAACAUGAGCAACGUGCUGGAGCGCGUCAACGGCGUGGCUCGCUGCCCGUACGACCCCCGCCACAACUCCACGGCGGUGGUGACGGAGAGAGGCGAGCUGUACGCCGCCACCGUCAUCGACUUCUCCGGACGCGAUCCCGUCAUCUACCGCAGCCUGGGCGGAAUGCCUCCGCUCCGGACGGCGCAGUACAACUCCAAAUGGCUCAACGAGCCCCACUUCAUCUCAGCCUACGACGUUGGCCUCUUCACCUUCUUCUUCCUCAGGGAGAAUGCGGUGGAGCACGACUGCGGCAAGACGGUGUACUCGCGGGUGGCCCGUGUCUGCAAGAACGACAUCGGCGGACGUUUCCUGCUGGAGGACACGUGGACCACCUUCAUGAAGGCCCGCCUCAACUGCUCGCGCUCCGGAGAGAUCCCCUUCUACUACAACGAGCUGCAGAGCACCUUCUACCUGCCCGAGCAGGACCUCAUCUACGGCAUCUUCACCACCAAUGUCAACAGCAUCGCAGCGUCGGCCGUGUGCGCCUUCAACCUCAGCGCCAUCACACGAACGUUCAACGGACCCUUCCGCUCACAGGAGAACCCCCGCUCCACCUGGCUGCCCACCCCCAACCCCAUCAGCAACUUCCAGUGUGGCACCAUCAAGGACGGGGGUCCGAACGAGGGUCUGACGGAGCGCAGCCUGCAGGACGCCCAGCGUCUCUACCUGAUGAACGAGGUGGUCCAGCCCGAGUCGGUGGACCCCCUGGUCAUGCAGGACGACGUGCGCUUCUCUCACCUGGUGGUGGACAUCGUGCAGGGCAUGGACACGCUUUACCACGUCAUGUACAUCAGCACGGAAUAUGGCAGCAUCCUGAAGGCCCUGGCCACGCCCAACAAGAGUCUCCAAGGCUGUUACCUGGAGGAGAUGGAGCUCCUCCCCUCGGCCACGCGACAGCCUAUCCUGAGCCUGCAGAUCUUGCACAGCGACCGCUCGCUCUUUGUUGGUCUCGGUGACCGAGUCCUGAAGAUCCCCCUGGAGAGGUGCUCCACCUACAACACCGAGACGCUCUGUCUGGAGGCCAGAGACCCGUACUGCGGCUGGGACACCAGGAAGCGGCGCUGCACGACGCUGGAGGACAGCAGCAACAUGAGCCAGUGGAAGCAGAACAUCACAGCAUGCCCGAUGCAGAACCAGACCACUCAUGGCGCCUUCGGGGACUGGACGCCGUGGCAGACGUGCAACAACAACGACGGUGCGGACGGCGUCAGCGCAUGCUUGUGCCGAUCCAGGUCAUGCGACAGCCCCGCCCCUCGCUGCGGGGGCAGGAAUUGCGAGGGCGCCACCAUCGAAGUUGCCAACUGCUCCAGAAACGGAGGCUGGACACCUUGGUCGUCAUGGGGACAGUGCAGCACAACUUGCGGCACUGGCUUUGAGCUGCGCCAGCGCUCUUGCAACAAUCCCUCCCCGCGUCACGGGGGACGCGUGUGCGUGGGGCCGGGCCGGGACGAGAGGUUUUGUAACGAAGGGCUUUCGUGUCCCCAGCCGGUCCUCUGGUCCCCGUGGGGGUCUUGGACCAAAUGCAGUAGCGAGUGCGGCGGAGGCGUCCACUCACGAGUCCGCUCCUGCGAGAACGGCAACAGCUGCCCGGGAUGCGCCCUGGAGUACAAAGCUUGUAACCUGGAGGCGUGUCCGGAGGUAAAGAGGAACACCCCCUGGACCCCAUGGAUGCCGGUUAACGUGACACAGGGCGGUGCCCGGCAGGAGCAGCGGACGCGCUACAUGUGCCGCGCUCGUCUGGCCGACCCCCACGAGCUGCAGAUGGGACGCAGGAAGGUGGAGACGCGCUACUGCCCCAACGACGGCACGGCCGCCUGCGAGACGGACGGCUUGGUGGAGGAGCUCUUGAGGACCCCCGUGGUGAGAGUGGCGGGCAACGGCUGGUCGUCGUGGGAUACGUGGUCCAGCUGCUCUCAGAGCUGCUCCAAAGGUUACCGCACCCGACGGCGAUCCUGCUCCGGCCCGGAGGGGAAGAGCGCCCCCGUCGCCUGUCGUGGGUCCCCUGUGGAAUACCAGGACUGCAACGUCCAGGCGUGUCCCGUCAAAGGGGCGUGGUCAUGCUGGUCAUCCUGGUCCCAGUGCUCGGUGGGUUGCGGCGGCGGUCACUACCAGCGUACGCGCUCCUGCAACAGCCCGCCGCCAUCCAGCGGAGGGGACAUCUGCUUAGGGCUGCACACGGAGGAGGCGCUUUGCAACACGCACACGUGUGAUGAUGCGUGUUGGGCCAGAAGGGAGCAGAUGGAGGUCCAGGUUCUCAGUCGAGGCGGCUGGAUGGCCUGGUCGCUGUGGUCGGCGUGCGACGACUCGGGCGUUCAGAUGAGGAGCCGAGUGUGCGGCGCCCAAGGUGGCGCCCCCUGUCUGGGGAACGCCACGCAGCGUAGAGACUGCAACGAAAUACCCGUCAUCCUGCCUGCGUCAGGCUUUGAUAAGGACCAACACUGCGGAGCAUUCACCUCCAUCCACCUGAUCGCCACGGGCGUGUCUUGCUUCCUGGGGGCGGGGCUCUUAUCUUUCCUGGUCUACGUGUACUGCCAGCGCUUCCACAAGCCGUCGCAGGAGUCGGCCGUCAUCCACCCGACCACGCCCAACCAUCUCAACUACAAGGGCAACAGCACGCCAAAGAACGAGAAGUACACGCCCAUGGAGUUCAAGACGCUGAACAAGAACAACCUGCUGCCCGACGAGCGCUCCAACUUCUUCCCGCCGUCGCUGCAGCAGACCAACGUCUACACCACCACCUACUACCCCCCCGCCCUGGGCAAGUUCGACUACCAGCCCAACUCCUCGCCCUCGCCGUGCCGGACGUACAACCACACCAACAACAGCUGAGGGGCCCCGCCGCCGCCGUGACAUACACGCCCCCCCUCCCGCCCUUAAAGACAUAAUAACAACCCGCCCCCCCUGCCCCCCCCCUUGGCUGGAACUCUCCUCAAGUAGAGACGCCACAAGGACGUUGGCAUCCUUCCUCACGGGGCGAAAGGACGCACUUGACAAAGAACACCAACAGGGGGCGCCACUCUGGGAUAAAGGGGCGUGGCUCUGGAUUGUAAAUAACCUGCCGGGACGGACCAGUGGGCGGAGGGAAUCCGUGGAUUCCUCAGUCCGUUCCGCUAAUAGCACGACCGCGGUCAUAUCAAAUAUGGCCGCCGUGCUGCGUUCAAGGAAUGACAAUAAGCUGGUAGAUGACGUCAAGACGGCGCGUAGCAUAGAGACGUGAUUUCUUCUUCCUCGGUAACAUUUUUUCUAAAUGGACUGUACGUGUGCACGUGUGUGGGCGUGCACGUGUGUGGGCGUGCACGUGUGUGGGCGUGCACGGCAUGACUCUAUUUAUAGAUUUGAAUAACAUUCUAUUUUAUUACAAUGCCAUGCUACUGUCAAUGUGUCUACCACGUAACACUGUUGUUGUUGUUGUUGUUGUUAUCCACUAAUUGUCUCCACCCUCAGCUUGGUUUGGGGGUCUAAGCUCCGCCCCCCACCGCCCCCCCACCCUCACCCAAACGACCCCGCCAGCUGCUCAAACAUCAACAAAGAACUCCCGCCGAGAGGAACAAGAUGGCCUCUUUCGCUUCAUCUUUGAGGUUGUGCUCGAGCUCCGCCCCUCCCCACCCCCACCCACCAGGGCGAUGCGAGACUCCGCCCCCUCUCUAUGCAACGUACCAGGCCCCUCGUGUAGACUGUCAUCACUGCCUUCUUAGACACUGUGAAUCUUUUGCUACUCUAUAUUUUUGUACAUUGUACGUGGUAAAGAUAAUAAACCUCGAUGCCAACA